AUGAUUCGCCUUCAAAGACUGACGAUUCAUUCUGCCCUUAGAGGUCGUCUGCCCUUUCUCAGAUAUGGACCUACCCUGUGCAGGCGAUUCCUUUCAACUCCAGCUGAACCGAAGAAGACCGAUAAUAGUGCAGCAAUCCUAUUACAGAAAAACCUUAUACAGAGAAAUAACUCCUUAUACAACUAUGGCUCAGGGACGAUACGAUGCACCAUUUUUGAUGCUCAAGGUAAUAAGGUCAGCCAAUCAUCAGAGAUGAAGAGAGAUGAUCUGGUCUCCAGACAUCAAUUGCUGCCGAGAGAUCUGAGAAAGAUUGAACGAUCCAGGAAAAACGAUCUGGUUCCCAGCUUGCUGGUGAGGAAAAAUGGGAUUUUGGUUAGUUUACUGACUAUAAGAGCAUUGAUCAAGCCGGACAUGGUGAUCAUAUUCGACUCUGUGGGGAACGGUAUCUCUCUCGACUCUACAACUCACAAGGCAUUCAUCAAUGAUUUAACACUCAAAUUAACCAAUGAGGGAACCUAUGGGCUAAGUAAAGAUCCUCUGCCGUACGAAUUUAGAGCCCUAGAGGCAAUCUUUGUUUCGGCGUUGUCCAAUAUGUCUGGUGAGAUGAAAGUUCUACUGACCGUUUGCAAAGGCAUCCUGACAGACUUGGAGUAUAGCAUAACUAGGGACAAGCUACGAUUUUUGCUGAUGCAGAACAAAAAAUUGACCAUUUUCCGCCGUAAGGCUCUUCUAGUCAGGGAAAUGUUAGAUGAUCUCCUAGAUCAGGACGAUGUUCUUUGUGAAAUGUACCUCACUGAUAAGCAUGCAGGCAAGAUCAGAGAGAAAGAGGACCAUGUGGAAAUAGAGAUGCUUCUUGAGACCUACUACUCGCACGUAGAUGAAAUCGUGCAAAUCAUUGAAAGUGCCAUCUCGAAUGUUAAGACCACCGAAGAGAUUAUAAAUAUAAUUUUGGACUCUAACAGAAAUCAGCUGUUACUACUUGGUAUUCAAUUCACCAUAGGAAUGCUUUCGCUAGGAGGAGCCAUUUGGGUGGGCUCAUUAUAUGGUAUGAACUUAGAAAAUUUCAUAGAAGGAACAAAUUGGGGAUUUUCAUUCGUCACAGUCCUCAGCAUGAUUGCAAUGAGCUGCCUCUUUGCAUACAGCAUCAGGCAUCUGCACAAACUGCAAAAGAUGUCGUUAGUAAGUCGGUCCAAGAUAAAGUGA